AUGUACUCAGAAAUGGAAGGAUUCGUUGAAGUUAAUGAAAUAUCAGACUUUAUUUCUUACAUCCGAAGCAUUGAGUGGCGUGAUCCAUGGUUAAUAGCAUUACUCUCUUUUCAUGUGAUUGUAACUUUCACAUGUUUUUCAACAAGAAACUAUGGGAAUUUUCAAAUUAUACUAUUUAUUAUCCUUUUACUUUUAGUAUAUUUUUCGGAGAGCAUAAACGAAGUGGCGGCGCGCAAUUGGGCGCUGUUCUCCAGGCAACAGUACUUCGACAGUAAAGGCUUAUUUAUAUCCAUCGUCUUUUCAAUUCCUAUAUUACUCAACUGCAUGAUUAUGGUGGGCUCAUGGUUAUACCAGUCGACGCAAAUCAUGACAAAUCUGAAAAAGGCACAACUGAGGCAACGUUUGAAAGAGAUAAAUAUGAUUAAGGAACAGCGACAUUUGAAGUCUGACUAA